UAGUCUUCUGAUCUUCUGUGCCCUUGCUCUCUGCAGGAGAUGAAUGGGGUGCUGAAAGCCAUGCUGUCAGAGUGGUUUUCUUCGGGCUUCCUGAACCUCGAAAGGGUCACCUGGCAUUCACCCUGCGAAGUACUUCAGAAGAUCAGCGAGGCCGAGGCCGUGCAUCCAGUGAAAAACUGGCUGGAUAUGAAGCGCCGUGUGGGGCCCUAUAGGAGGUGUUACUUCUCUUCUCACUGCUCCACCCCUGGCGACCCCCUGAUUGUUUUGUAUGUGGCGCUGACCAGUGACAUCACCAACAACAUCCAGGCCAUCGUAAAGGAUUGCCCUCUUUCGGAGACAGAGGACAAGAACAAGAUUGCUGCGGCCAUCUUCUACUCCAUCAGCCUGAUCCAGCAGGGACUGCAGGGUGUGGAGCUGGGAACGUUCCUCAUAAAGCAGGUGGUCAGGGAGCUGCAGAAGGAGUUCCCUCACCUGGGGGCGUUCUCCAGCCUGUCGCCCAUCCCCGGCUUCACCAAGUGGCUUCUGGGGCUCCUGAGCCUGCAAGCCAAGGAGCACGGGAAGAACGAACUGUUCACAGACUCGGAGUCCAGGGACAUCGCCGAAGCCACGGGCGGCCCCGCUCACGAGACCCUCAGGGCCUACCUGAGCAGCAACGAGUGGGUGAAGUCGGCGAAGCUGGUUUGCGCGCUGCAGGCGCCCCUCAUGAGGCUGUGUGCCUGGUACCUGUACGGUGAGAAGCACCGCGGCUACGCCCUGAACCCUGUGGCCAACUUCCACCUGCAGAACGGGGCCGUGCUGUGGCGCAUCAACUGGAUGGCGGACAGCAGCCCCAGGGGCCUCACCAGCUCCUGUGGCCUCAUGGUCAACUACCGCUACUUCCUGGAGGAGACGAGCACCAACAGCGUGGCCUACCUUGGCUCCAAGACCAUCAAAGCUUCCGAGCAGGUCCUGGGCCUGGUGGCCCAGUUCCAGAAGCACAGCAAGCUCUGAGCCUGCCCCCAGGGGCCGCCCCCAGGACAGGGCGUGUUGUGGGUGGGACCUACCCACACCCACUUCUCACAGGCGCUGAGUGGAGGCGCAGCUGGGCUGUACCACCCUCCCUCGGCAAGGUGCUGCCC